CUCUCGCUGCCUCGAGUCAGAGACAAAAUACACGUGUUUGUGUUCUGAUUUAAUAAGGCUAACCGACUUCGCUGGUCGUGAUAGCUCAUCUAAGCUAGUUGUGUUCCAUCGCACGAAACCACCAACAAUAAGGCAGAACUGUAUAGAUUAUCGCAGAAUAGGUGCGUGCAUCGUAUCGAAUUUUGUGGCUGAUUCUUUGAUGUGAUAGUAAGAAAUUUUUUUGAGUUUAACGGAGAAUCUUAAGCUAUUAAUCAUUGUGCAAACGCUAUACAAAGUAGUUAGCACAAAUCGGUAUGGCAAUGAAAAAAGUAGUAGCAAAACCUGCUGGCGGGUCGGCCAAUAAAGGAGUACCUGCUAUGGUCGGAAAGAAAACCAACGUUCAAAAUUCAAAUCCCCAAAUGGAAAACGAAAAUGAAUCGGAUGAAGACGAAGAGCUCAAAUUGCAGAAAUCUUUAUUUGAGAAAAUCAAGAAGGCCGCUGAACCUGAAGGUUCAGAUGAGGAGGAUGAAGAUGAGGCCGAUGAAGAUCUCGAUGAAGAAGAGAAUGAUGCUGAGGAGAAUAAUGGUGACAACCUUGAUGCUAAAAUUAUUGGAGCAUUGAAAACAAAGGUUGUUGCCAGAGGUAGAGGUGCUAAAGAAGGUAAAUCUGGUAGGUCUGCUGUUGAGAGCAACGACGACGAAGAAGAGAAGGAAGACGACCACGACCACGAUGACGAAAAUCAAAAAGACGACGACAACGAUGGGAAAGAGGAGGAGCAAGAACGUGACGAUGACAAUAAGUUUGAGCGGAAAGUGAUAGAUAAAAAAAGGAUCCAUUCGCAACUCUUAUUCAAACAUCUUGAAGCAAUGCCAGGUAAGGUGCGCGGCGGCGAUGAUGAUGAUGGUGAGAUGGCUGGGAUGGGUGAAGAUGAUGACGAAGAUGAAGAAAUUAGUGAUGAAGAAGAACGCCCGAUGGAAAUGCCCAGCAAAGAGCAGAAAAAGGGCAAUUCGAUGGAAUACGGAAAAAAGGCCGGUGGAGGCAUAAAACGGAAGACCCUUCUUGACCAGGCCGAUGAUGACGUUGGGGGAGUCUCGACGAAGAGAACACCAGUGCAAAAAAGAGCCAAAAAAACUAAAUUUGCUACCAGUGAUGAGGAUGAGAAUGAAGAUGAAAAGGAGGAGAAUGAAGAGGAAGACGACGAUGAUGAUGAUGAUGAUAUUGUCUUACCAGUAAAACCGGCCACACAGAAGGACAGAGCCAAAAAGAUCGUGGAUGGAAAGCAAAUCGAUGAGAAGCUUGAUCAACUUUUUAACACCUACAAAACAACUCCGGAAGAGGUUGAGCAGUUUAAAAAUAACUACCUGGUAAUGGUCAGUACGUGGCUAUUCGUGCCUCAUGUCCCGGACGACGCUACCGAAGAGGAGAUUGCUGCAACGCAUCCGAAUAUUAGCAAGGUUAAGCUUCCACGAAAGCGUAAAGAGGGCAAGAACUUUGCAUUUCUCAACUUUAUAUCGAAAGAAAAAGCCGAGGAAGCUCUCAACGACUUGACACUUUCUUCGCCAACUAUCAAAGGUUCUGAAUUGACGGUGCAACGUUCCAGGGCAACGGGUAUAACCCCCCCGGAGUAUAUUAAUCGACGGAAACUAUCCAUUAUCGCAUGUCCUAAGGAAACCACACAGGAGGAAUUGUGUAAAUUAUUCCCACAGGCUACAACCGUGUGGCUCUCCAAGAAUCCUCGCUCGGAUACAGUCGAAAACUAUCUGAUGUUUCCUGAUGAAACCAUAUGUAAACAGGUACUUAAUGACAAUGGCACGGUCACAUUGCAUGGAAAGUGCUGUGCAGUUUUCUUCGACAACUACACUUACAAGAAAAAGACCGCUAGUCGAAAGUUAAAGAAGAAAUUCGAAAGUGGUAAACAUAUCUCCGUCGACCGAAUCUCUGUCGAUGCACCGAAAAAGGGUCGCCGAGGAGGAGGAGGAGGUAGCUUUCGCGGCGACUUUCGAAAUGGUGUCCCGAGGGGCGCUGGCGGCGGGGAAGGUGGUGCAGGACGGUUUCGUUUCAGAAGAGGCGGGCGAAACUUCAAGAGCCAUCGCGCAGGCGACUACGAUAACAAAAGGGAUGAUGACCGCCCACGCGACAGAAAUCGACAGAGUUUCCGUGAAGCUAACCGCCACGGUGUCUGUGAGGGUAAGGGUUUUAGACGUGGCUUCAAUAACCGAGGUGGUUUUCGAGAGCAUGAUAGGAACCACCGAGAAAGUGACGGUUUUCGGGGAGAACGAGUUAGCGAAGCCGGAUCUCGCAGCGGAAAAAGUGGAGGUUUCCGUGGGGGACGGAGUGGAGGUGGAGAUGGACGCGGAUUCCGUGGUGGUGUAAGAGGUGGAGGUUCCCGCUAUAGUAGUAGUGGAGGCGCAGGGUUUCGUGGCGGCCGUCUUGGUAAUAGCCACUCUUCCAGGCGAGACGACUAAGAGGAUAUCUGUAAAAAAGUGUAAGGAUCGUCAUCGAAGCACCCUUGGUGACGUGCAGCAGCAGCAAAAUACAUUGCUGUACACGUCGUUUUCUUAUAACCGAAAUAUAUAGGAGGUGGUUAAAUCAAAUGAGAUGGCGGUUUCUGAGAGGUUAAUAGUUUUGUGUGAUUUGUUUCACAAUCAAUUAGUCGCUGAUGCAAUGCGCUAUUUUCCUUCGACUUUUAUGGGUCAAAAAAUCUAUGGAUACCUACUGUAGUUUGUCGGUGAAUGACUGCAUGGAUUAGGUUUGCUUGGAAACUACAGAGAUCAAGGUCGCUAUUAACGAAGGGCUUACUCGUAUAUAAUAGUAGCAUGUAUUGUUGUAAUAAUGACUAUGGGCCGUGUAGACAUUACCAUGUAAAAAUUGUUGAUGAUUUACCUAUAAACAUCCUGUAUUUAAUUCACCAUUAACUUGUAUACCAUAACUGUAUAUACAAGUUUACUCUUUACAUAUAUAUAUUUAGUUAAGCCAAACUACGUUCUUAAGAAUAUGCAGAAUGGAUUUUCCUUCAGCGUCGAGGGCAUGUUGCAUUACUAAAAGUUAUUAAUAAAAUGAGCACAUUCAUUAACAACGCA